UCGAAUAGAGACAGAUAAUAAUCACGUUUGGGUUCAAUGGUCGGAUAUUGAGCAGACAAUUAGCGUAUCCUCCCUCAAAGCCCAGACCCGGCACUUCUCCACAGUCUUAACCUCUGCCCAGGAAGCUCUCCAGGGCUCUCCAGCUCCCAUCCCAGCACAAAUCCACUUCCGCCCACACCUUUCCCCGCCUCCACAACUCCAUUCGCACCGCCCCAGAGCUUCCUCUCACGUCCACACGCCAGAAUACUCGAGGCAGAGUAUGCGCGCCCAGGACGAUGUACCUUGAUCGAUACGGAAAUCGAAUGUGUCGCUCUGAGGAGCACAGCUAGGGAUGAGUGCGAGUUCCCCGACCAGCAGCGCGACCCCAGCUGCGAACUUGAAUGGGGCAGGGGUAGUAUCUCCUGUACAGCAAUUUCCACCGCCCAAGCAGAUCCGGUUUGUGAAUAAUGAAGGGCAACCGCCGCCCAAGAGGAGACGGAUCAAUGCUGCGUGUCGAACAUGUCGGAAACGUAAAACGAGGUGCGAUGGCAAGCGGCCUUUGUGCUCGACUUGUACGGAUAAUGGGCAUGAAUGUAUGGGAUAUGCGGAGGGUUCGGAGGGAAAUAUGAAGAGGGAGAGGAAGGAAAGCGAUAACGGUUCACGGAGAGAUAACGAUGACGAUGAUGAUGAGGACGAAGACGCAGAUGGGACUUCAGCAAGGAGAGAAAAUGGGCAUAGGCAAAGACUGUCCCAGGGCAAUUAUCAAGGCGCAAGUCCAGACCUCAAGAGGGGAGAUACAAAUUCAAAGCAGCAGACUUAUGGCAGCUAUGAUCCGAGCCCUCAGAAACGACUGGACGUGAGAGAUGGUGGGAAAGGACGUGGCUCGUUUAUGGAUUAUAGAGACAGUGCGGUGUUUUCAGACGAAGCGCAAAGCCCAACAGCGGAACGAUCACCUACUGUAUCGCACGAGAACCACCGAGUACCAUACUUCAGAUAUUUUGGUCCUACUGCGAUUGUUCCAGGCUUCAAACAAAUGGUUGUUUCUGUUAGAGAACAUCGGAGGAGUACAGGCGGAUCUUCAGUAGCGAGCUCAAAUGGUAUUGGUGGCGGAGGAUCUGUGUAUGGAGGCGCACAACCACAAACUGGAGCAGAGCCAAGGUCUGCUAUCGACAUGCCAAUAUAUGAUCAGAACGACCCAUUACCUGUGAACAGACUGAUCGUCCAUCUCGUGGAGACGUUCUUUGCACAUCUGGGAUCAAACUACCCUUUCCUCCGUCAGAAGUCGUUUCUCCAACGCGUGGAAGAGAAAUCUGUAGAGCCAAUCCUUGUUGAUGCGGUCUGUGGUCUAGCUGCUCGCUUUUCUGACCACCCACUUCUUAUCGGGCAUCCCGACAACCUAUUACCCAGAUCAGAGUACGGGCAUGGGUUCGCGCAGAGAGCAAAAGCUGCUGUGGUCGAUACGUUUCCAUGUCCAACGGUAGCAGCAGUGCAAGCAUGCUUACUGCUUGCCUACGAGGGCUUCGGGGCAAAUCAAGAUAGUGCUCUUUGGAUGUAUUUGGGAUGCGCGAUUCGAAUGGCUGUGGAUUUGGGUCUACAGAAACUCGAUGGUGUCAAGCAUCAAGGACAGAAAGACCCUGGAUAUCACCGAUCAAGCAAUGACUCGUCACGUUCAGAUGUUCUUCCCGCGAUCAGUAUCCAAGAGAUGAAAGAUGUAGAGCAGGAGAGGACCGACACCCUCUGGGCUGUAUUUAUGCUCGAUCGAGUCAUUUCGUCCGGCACAGGGAGACCUGUCACUUUGAGAGAUGAAGACUUCGAGUUAUCGUUCCCAGAGAUCACAUCGAAUGCCGAUAGUGGAUGGCCGAAUCCGUUCCCUGCAUUGAUUCAGAUCAUACACCUGUACGGCAGAGUAUCAGAUCUGUUGAACAAUAUCAGAGAUGCCAAGGAUGUCACUCCAAAAAAGAUCGACGGACUUCAGGGGAUGGAGAAAGAUCUCACUCAGCUGUACCAAAGACUGGACCAGAGGUUGACGUUCAACGCCGCAAACUUUCAGCAUUAUGUGAAGUCUGGGGAGGGAACAAAUUUUAUCUUGGUCCAUUUCUGGUUCCAUACUCUUAUUAUGCUUCUCCACCAACCGACACUGAUGCAUUCGUUCGAAGGCCAAAUUCUGUCCCUGCUACCCCACAGUCGAGAGCUCAGCAUGUCUUCAGCAAAGACAAUAGCUGAUAUUCUGGCUUUUGCGGAAUUGAUCGAUCCUAGGAGCUUUAUCGGGAACCCAUUUACCAGUCAACCAAUGUACAUUGCGGCAUGUGCGUUUCUCAUGGAGUCUGCUGCUCACACUGCAUCGCAGCCCACUUCACGAGAUGCAAGUCCUCCUCGAAAUGGCAAUAAAGCACCAGAUGUCAAGGAUGCCGCUUUGAAGAGCAUAUCUAAUGAGCAGAAACAGAAGCACACAUUACUUGCUUCAGCUGCCAAUCAAAAUUAUCAACGAUGUUACAAGGCUUUGCAACAACUGGAAACGUACUGGGCUGGAACAAGAUAUAUCCUGGUGGCACUUGAUCAGAAAGCCAAGGGCAUUUGGGACCCAGAAACCUACACCGAGCAGGAGUACGAAAGUACAAAGAUCAGACACGAUAUGAUACCCAGUUGGCAAAGAAAAUUGACGGCGCCUACACCUGGCCGUUUCCCUGAUUUGAAGUCUCCUCGAAUGGAAAAUCUGCCUGGAUCGCCAGCUAUUGAUCCUUCACAAGCAAUUGGAUGGUCAUUAACUGGCACCACAAAUUCUCCAAGUUCAAAUCUCACAUUUAUGUAUCAAAAUAUGGCGGGCGAAAAUCCCCAACCGCCACCUCCGCCUCCACCAGCAGCAGGAAAUAUGAUUUACGACCCUAUUCGGCAGAGUCUGCCAGAGGCGACGUCAUCAUCUACAUCAACAUCUUAUCACCCGCGAUAUGCCGCCUUCGCAGCACCACGUCGACAAAAUCCUCAACCAAUGCCACCACCAGCUCCCAAAUACCCCUCUAUGACCGCCGAUUCAGCCUCAACAUCAGACGCCGAGAUGCUUCUCGGCCUUCAAAGCUCACCUUUCGCUCACGGCACACCAACUUCGCACCAUUCCUACGACCAGAACAUGACAUCACCAUCUAAUCGUCAGGAUCCAGGCUCGUACGAUUUCUCCCAGAGCAACAACGGAUUCCCGGGCACGAAUCUCGCGGGAAAUGUGGGAGACAUGAUGAUGGAGAGUCAAGAGAUAGAUAUGACAUCUAUGGGCGGGGAGAUGAUGCCUUGGCUAGAGUAUCUCCCGCAGGAUGUGCUGAACUUCUUUGAUAACGGCGCGACGACUCAGGUUGGAAUGCCUGCUGGGGGAGGAUUGACUGGAAAUGUAGAUAUGAAUCUAGGGAAUGGGGGAAAUGCUUGACCAGUUAGAGACGGCGUUUAGACAUCUUGUGUAUAGGGUAUGAUUUUCCUUGCUAUAUAUUUAGGUGCAGGAUACCGCUGGGUCGGAAUUCCUGAGAGGGAUAUUCGGAGGCAUUGGAUUUCGGCGUCGAAAAUACAGCGUCAUGAAUUCUGGCCUUCGCUGCGUCUUGGCCUGGCAUACGCCCUAGACGAAUGUACUCGGUGUAUUUCCGUGCAUCUCUUUGCUACGUACAGAACAUAUACCCUGUAUAUAUUACAGCAUGUAUACAACUUCCUAACAACAUCCAUGGGUUCAAAAGUCAAUUGAGCCAUACUCCCUUUCUCAGAAUCUGUCCGGACUUGAGCUCUCCCAAAGUCCGAAGCAGCACUUACGUCUUCAAUGAAUUCUGUCUCGAAGCUGGCUACGAGACAACAGCAAGCCAAGCCGGGCCAGCCUCGCUUAAUAUUGUUUGGGAUGGUGGGGAGUGAUGGAUUUAGACUUUCCCAUCUUGUUUCGAGAUUCGGGGGCUAGAACAGGUAGAUGCUGUGCAUCACAUCUUGGGAACAUCGCUUACAAAGUUUUCGCGUCCACGAUGAAAACAAGGUUUUGUUUUUUGACAGCGGGCGCCUGACAGGAGGGGUUGUGCACAAGUGGGUUGGGCUCUCCGCUGUCAACUUAUGCGGUGGGGUUGAGGAAGGGGUUAUGGUCUGCUGCUGUUUGGUGUUUGGAGUAAGCUGCGCAUUCAGUGGAUUCCCAUGAUAAGUUCGGAACUGCACGUUUCGUCUCAACUUCUACAGGGGCAAAAUGGCAUGAAUUGACUACCGGAUAAGCAUUACCUUAUCUGGACAAGACUUACCCUAUUCUCGGAAAUAUAAGUGGGACGAGUGGAUAUCUUUGCGUCUGAACAAGGGGGAGUAUCUCAGAUCGACUUUUCGCUUUCACUUUCCCCCGGACAAGCUUUGCUCAGCCUGGAAAUGGGAUGAUUAACCGAGCUGUCAUGUUUGAGAAUCGAAUGUUGCUAUGCUUGGCUUUUUGGUUUUGUUGUCCUGGUAGGGAGUGUGAAUGCGGUUGUUUGAAGUGGUACGUUGUUUCCGAUUUGCGGAGGAGUUGUUUUGUUUGGUGUAUUUUGAGGGUAUGUCUCUGGUGAUAAAGGGGGGAGGGGCCGUUGGAGGGGCCGGAGACGAGUGAAAAUUACCAUGAGCGUAAUUUCUAGGUGAUUUUGGGUGAGCAGGAAUUCGUAACUUGUUGAUUACUUUCCUCCGGUCAAGUGUCGACCGCAUAGGACAAAUGAAGUCUUUGGAUGUGAUGUCGUUUGGCUAAUUGUCAGAGGUGCUGCCAAAGAUUCUCUCUUGAUUGUCAAAUUUAGCGAGCCCCUGAAUUUCGGCGGUACCGUAAAUAUGCCCUAAAUGCUCCUUCCCGAGGUACCUCAGGGUUCAGUGAUCCUCCGAUCAGCAACUGAUCAAACUCCCUGGCAGCGUCUCUUUAUCGCUUAGCUCACC